AAUUGAUAAGUGCGAUCACUUCAUCACAUCGCGGCGAGCGAGGCGGCCGGGAAGACGGGAAGACCGGCUGCAUCUCAGCGCGUGUCGCACCUGAGAGUGCUGUGGCAUUUGGCCAUUAUCCAGUCAGCCUGACUGCAUGGAGCGACGCAGGCCACGCACUUGACUGCGAGAUUACGACUGCGCCGAAACUGGGACACCUCCAUCAUCCAGAUAUCAUGCACGUAAACAGCAGCACACGCGCCUGCAUAUAUAUAUGUAGCCAGCGUUCCUGUGAUCCCAUAUAUCCCGCGGGUGUUUAUUGACGUUGCUGUGGAUGCGCGUACGUGUAUACUCGUACCGUAUAUAACUGUGCAGAUACGAGUACAGCAGUUGCUGCAGGUGUUGUCAGUGCUUGUAAUUGUGCUCUGUCAUAUUUAUGGACCUGUCAAUAUUUACGCAAUUCAUUCCCCAUCCUCUUCCCUUGCCAAGUUGCCCGGCCCGCCAUAAUUGCCCAUAAGCACACUGUCCAUGCUCUUGUGUAAUUGUAAAUUGUUUUAUGAUUCAGCCCGUUAUUUCCUCAGCCCGACCGUACGUAGUAGUUACGUACCUUUCACUGCUCUUUUUCUGCUUUUUUAAAGCGAUUUUUUAAAGCGCAGGCCACUGUGCUUUGCCAUAAUUUCUGUGAUUUCCCACUGUCUGCACCCGUUGGCGUUGCGUAAUGAGAUGCGGAAGCAGGCCUGCAUUGUUGUCGAAUUAUGGGAGACGUCCGUUUCCAUUGGGAAAGCAUCACAGCGGAUGGACGCGCUGGGUUUCCGGUUAAAUUAAUUCCGCGGGUUGACGAACGUGCUGUGGGACUCUGGUCUUCUCCGCUCCGGAUCCUUCCAUGCUUGUUUAUCCGUUUAUUAUGCCAGGCACUAGGCAGUGAUAAUUACGCAAUCGUUUCUCGGCGAAUCCUCGAUCGACGCUCAUGAUCAUCCUGACUGCUGCGUAUCUGUAGAUGGAGGGAACAGUUAUGCACAGCAAUCGCAGUAAUAUAACAUACCUAAUUAUACGUGUUUGGUAGCCACCAGCGGAUGCCUACAAGUACCUGGACUAUCUUUGCAGACCCACACUACGAGUGGCUGUUUGCUACGGGUGUUAACGUUCACUUCAUGAACCAUGGGAAUACGUUUUGUACGUUUUCUACACAAUCCUCUUAUGCACAAUACGUCGUUCCGUUUUACACAUUUUCUGCGCUUAUCAGUUAUUAAGUUUUGCGGUUGGUGAUUAUUCAGUUUUUUUCUAUAAUAAUUUACAGCGUAUUGUAUCGGAAAUACCGCUCAACUUCCUUAAGGUUGCUUUCCUUUUUCUUGCAAUCUUACGUACACACACUUUUUCCCUAAUGUACAUAUUUUGUACAUUUGUACAGUAUUAAUUCUAUACAGGGACGAAUUAAUUAUUAUUUUUUAUUAAUUUUAAUUACUGUGUACACAGUACUUACUCUUGUUAAUACAGUAAUACUGUACCAACAAAGUGUGGUUGAUGCUUGCGUGCGACGUAUGUGGAAGACUGUACGUACGUGUUUACACGGGAAUCUCUAUGGAUACUGCCAUCAUUACAACCGUUCUGUAUAAUUCUGCAUUCUGCACUUGCCUUGGCCUUGCUACUGCUGGAUGACCUUUCCCGACGCUGACCUUGUGCGCACGUGUGCAGCAACGACAGCGAUGCCUUUAUAUUACUAUGUUGACCCUCAAGUGACCGCUGGAUAAAAGCCAGUCAGUCUGAGCUGACGACGCCCUUGAAGACAACAAGUCCUUGAAGAUGCCCGUCAAACUGUGCAUAUGCCAAAUAUGCAACUGCGGACGCCACCGCUGCCCGCACCAGCCGACGCCGCCUGCUGCCGGACCGCGACACCCCUGCCUCCUCAGCGAGUACGGCUCGCGCUACACCGGCCAGCCCGGCGAGCACGCCCACCCCGUCAAGCCGCCGUCCGCCGCCGUCCGCGACGACAGCCCGAUGGAGCGCCGCACCACGCACCAGGAGGACUUCGUGCCGCAUCCGCUGCAGCGCCUGCAGGACUUCAAGCCGCAGCAGCUCUACCAGCAGGCCCAGACGCCGAUGGACCUCACCAGCACCUACAACUCCCAGUACCUCCCCAAAGAAAUGUCCCGCGCGCAGCCGUACAAACCGGCGCCGAGGCGCACCGGCGGCGGCAAAUUCCGCGGUGACCCCACCUAUAACGCGGACUUUAAGCAGUGGCCGGUGAUGCGGCGGGAAGUCGUGGUGACCCCCGCGGCCAUUCCCCUGCCCACGGCCAAGUUCGGCAACCCCAGCGAGGCGCAGUCACGCUUCGUCCCCUUCCCGGAGGGCAAAGCGGCCGACAGCGCCAAGCCGGCCACCACCGUCUUCCACUCCAGCGACCCCUUCGCCGGCGAGACCACCCACAACGCCGACUACGUCGCCAAGCCCCUUUUCGACAAGGCCCAACGGCCGCAGAUCGUCUACGAGCCGCCCACGGUGCCCCUGGACGCCAGCUCCUGCUACCAACAAAAUUAUACGGGCAUCCCCGCGAAGCCGGCCGACAGCUGCAAGCCCGCCACCGCUGGCUACCGCUACGCGGACGUCCCCACGGGCCGCACGACGCACCAGAACGAUUAUGUGCCGGUGCCGCUGCCCAGCAAGGAGCCCAAGAAGGCGCAGGUGUACGCGCCCUGCGAUGUCCCCAUGGACCUGGCCUCCAUGACCCACACCGACUUCCCCUACUGGAAGGACGCCCAACAGGCCGCGCCCUUCCGGCCCAAGCUGGGUCGGCUGGGCGGGGGCCGCUUCUACGACACCACCACCCACCACACCGACUUCACGCCCAAAGCCGGCGACCCGGCACGGAAGGUUCUACCGCAAGAAGCGUGGACGGUGCCGGCGCACAAGUUCGACCACCUGAGCGAGCACCAAUCGCGCUUCCAGGGCCAGGCAGGACCGACGGCCGACAGCGCCAAGCCGGCGGUGACCGUGGCGGGCGGCGGCGACUUCUGCGGGGAGACCACGUACGAGCUGGACUACCAGCGCAAGAAGCACCAGUGCCCCGUGCUGACCAUCAACAAGACGCACGACUUCGUCGAGGAGAAGGGCCAGCACCGCUUCUACGUCGACAAACCGUGUUGUGUUGACCGGAAGCGACCGGUUACCUACAACAACAUUCUAUCGGGCUCGGACCCGGCGGUGCUGGACUCGCUAACCCACGAGCAGUUCCCGGCCUACUCGACGUCCGGGCGAGCGUCGCGCGCCCGCUUAAUCCGGCGCGCCAGCGAGGGCUUCCUGCUCGGCACGGAGUCGCCCAGCUACCAUACCACGUUGCAGGACACCUACCCCUCGCAUCCGCCGGACGCCCUCGUACGGCAGCAUCGUGUGGGUGACGCCCUCGCUGACCACGUGCUGAUCGGCGACCCCUCCCAGCGGGACGCCCUCGUCUCCACCAACCACACAGACUACCUCCCGUACGACGUGGCGCGCCGGAAGAAACAAGCGCCACUCGAUCUGCUCAAUCACAGUGCUUUCUCACUUGGCUUCGGCAGUGGCCAGCCGCUGACCUCGACCAACCACGCCGACUUCCCGGCGUACCGCGUGACCGCCCAGCUGCGAAACAAGCCGGUGGAUCUGCUGAACCAGAGCGGAUUCGCGCUGGGCGACGACGCCGUGGAUCUCCAACGAUACCGGACAUCCGCGUCGGACUACUUCCAAAAGGGCACGCCGGUGUCCGGAGGGCGGAAGCGGCCGGUACGGGAUCUCUUCCGCUCCAGCAGUGGGCUGCUUUUUGGAGGCAGCGCCCGCUCAGCGUCGCGCUUUCUCACUACUUCCCAAAACGCCUACCAAUCGAUACCGGCGGGUGACAGGAACGCUGCCAUCCGCGGCCGCAACGUCUUUCAGGAGACCCAAGAUGCUUUCGGUAGGCUUCCACAGGAAGCCAGCGCGAUGGGAGGCACGACCGCUUCCCAGGCUUUUACAGGCGUGGCCGGGGCGGAACGCGCCCGCCCGGUGCAGCGCGAUUUAUUCCGGCAGACGGAGGGCUUCGCCUUGGGCUACGAGGACGACGAGGAAUCCCCGCGCUACUCCCGGUUGGGAAAGGAGCGGAGGGCGCGCAGUGGAGACUUCCGAGGCAACCGCCCAGCGGAGGCGGUGGCGGAGAGGGCCGCGGGGGUGGCGUCUGGCUUCGGUCGGAGGCGGCUGUUUGAGCCGUCGGUGCAGUUUGGAGAAGAGGCCGGCUCGGAGGCGGAGGAAGACAAUUACUCCGAUGCAUACCGCUAUUCGAAUAAGAGGCGAAUUGAGAGUGAGAGCCGAAACGGGGCGGAGGAUGCGCGGAAUGCAUGGGCGGUCAACGAGCGCGACAGACUGGACGCAGCGGAGCAUCAGCGCACGGUGAAACGGCUGCGGGAGGAGUUGGCUAAAGUGGGCAAAAUGGACGCCAACGGCUUCCUGUGGUUUCCCAUUUCAUCCGCCGACGCCGAUGCGGAAACAAACGAGAAGGAUGCAGCCAGCGGAAUGGCGUCAAGAGCGGAGCGCAGUGAAGCGGAGGCGCUGCUGCCGGCGUGGGCGCUUCGGGAGGCGCAGGCGGCAGCGGAAGACAGACAGACGCGCAAGCGAGCGGCCAGCUUCGGCGGCGGGCGGCGGCCGACAGAGGACGAGGCUAGAGUGGAGCCGCCGCGGGACCGAUCGAUACACACUGUGACGCACACCCGUACGACCAGCGCCGCGCCUGGCCAACUGCCAUCUAUCCAGCCAGCCACACACGCAGCCGCUGCCUGGCCCGCCAGAGAGAACGGUGAAAGAGGCGACGUGGCCAGUCCCUACCCGGACUCCAUGGACAGCGGCCGCCUCGGACAGGCCCUGGACUCGUUGGAGCGGGACCGCAGCGCCUGGCAAUCGGGUCAGGGCUCCCCUGCCGGCCGGGAGGCACGGGCGGCCUCGGCGGACGCUGCCGGCCGUGACUGGGCGCGCAUCCAGCUGCCGCGGUUGAUCCCGGUUCCAGGUCCGGUUAAGGCCGACGGACAGACCUCCACCGACCACCGGGAGGCGACGGCACAGGCAACGCAGGUGGAGGCGCCGACCAGUCCCGGUCGGAAGAAAGGUAAAGGACGGGUGUCGCGUUCGACGUCCAUCACCGGCAAAGAAGCGGAAGCAGCCGGGACGACCGACGCCCCAGUCAGCGCUCGCUCGCGGCGGACAUCGCGCGCCGACAGUCUGGGCGCGGAGACCGGCAAGUUCAGUCCGACGGCCGCCCGCCGCGGUCGCCGACGCAUCGGCGACAGCAGCCAGCGCAACCAGAAUCCGCGGCACACGGCGAUGGAGGGCAUCCUGGACCACGGCUUCACCGAGCAGACCACCACGAGCCAACAGGCCUUCGCCGAGAAGACACUGGUGCAAGGCAGCGACAGGCGCCGUAUCCGCGGCUCCCGCCCACCGGCCGGCAGCUUCGAGGUGACCAGCCAGCCGGUGCAGCACAGUCCGCGGUCCGGCCCGGUUAAGACCGAACUUAGUGAAGCCGGCGUAGUCAAGCCAGCGCGUUCACCGGGACCGGAAGUGCCCAUCCACAUCGAGCAGCGCCGCGUGGAGUACCAGACGGUCGGCCCGGACUGGCAGCCGACGCAGCCCAUUCGCUAUGCCGACAAUCUAACGCUGGACAAAACAGCCGGCUUCCCGGGCCGGACCACCACCAAAGACGAUUACGCGCUGCGGGAAUUGGUGGACGGGAAUAAAGAUCGACUGCGCGGGCACAGUUUGGACCGGAAACUGGCCGCUAGCCAGCUGGGUGAGGUCCUGGCCCAGCCGGGUCAGAGUGAGGCGGACCAGAGGAAAAGCGUGCAGCAGGCUUACAGCGCAACACCGGCACAACUAAUACGCCCCCAGGACAACCAAGUGCUCAACGUCGCGCCGGACGACCGAAAAGUGGCCAACCGUUCGGUGAGCCAGGACACUUACCAAGGGUUGGCAAACGUCCAGCGACCACAGCCGGUUCUUCAGACUGACAACUUAACGGUUGGCGGACUGGGCAGUGACGCAGUGACCGGCGUGUCGGCCAAUCAGGAGACAUACCAGGGCCUCCAGCUUCCCGAGGAACGAGUCGUGGCCGGGCGAAAGGCGGACACCUGGGUGCUAGGAGACCGGGACGGAGAAGAGCCCCGGCACUCGGUCAACCAGUCGACAAUGCAGACGUUCCAAGCCGGCAUGGAGCGGUCUCUUCCGUUGCGGAGGCCGGACAACCUCGGGGUUGACACUUCCGGUCAGCCCAUGCCGAGCCAAUCGGUUACGCAAGAGGCUUACGCAGCGCAAGGAAGCGGGCUGCAACGGCCGGCGGCGAUCCGAAAAAGUGAUACCUUGCAUCUUGGAGACAGCACUAGUAAUCAAGAAGCAGCGAGAUCCUUAACCCAGGAGACCUUCCAAUCACUUCCGGCGGGCUUCGAGCGGCCAGCAGCCGUUAGGAAGAGCGACACACUGAGUCUCGGCGAUGCGGCGUUGUUGGGAGCAACAGCUGCGUAUCAGUCGGUCAACCAGCAAACCUACCAAGCGCACUCAAUCGGCGUUGAGCGCGCACUUCCGGUGCGGAAGGAGGACACCCUCCGCCUGGCUGACUCGCAGGCGUCGGGAGCGGCCACCCAGUCCGUAAUGCAGGAGGCGUAUCAAGGCUAUUCCACGAACGCUGAGCGAGCCUCUCCGCUGCCGAGACCGGACACCCUGCAUACGCUGGCUGACGUGACCAACGGUCAACAACAGUGGAGCUCCGUUUCCCAGGAAGCCUACCAAGCGCACCAGUCGACAGCGGAACGACCACUUCCCUUCCGCAAAGCGGACACACUGCGCAUUGGAGAAGGCGGGGAGGUGAGCCAGGCGAUGAGCAACAAGUCGGUUAGCCAGGAAGCUUACCAAGGCCAGUCGGAGGUCGAGCGUGCGGUGCCGGUCCGGAGGGAUGCGGCACUGACCCGGAUCGGCGACGAGAGCGCUGUAUUGGCCGGCAGAUCUGUUAGCCAAGAUGCCUACGGCGCCUUCAAUGCGGCACAACAGCAAGCAGCCCGACAGGCGCCAGUAAUCCCACAGUCUUCCUUCUCCCUAAACGACCAGCCCGUGGACAUGCAGCCGGCGCAGACGCUGACCCAAGAUUCCUAUCAAUCCGUUAAUGGCAACGCCCCAGUGCGACCGCCGGCAUUCCGACCGCCCUUGGCCGUCGACAUCUUCAACCGGGACAUGAGUGACUGGGAGCCAAUGACGACCAACGCCGAGACCUAUAAGGACACCGGCCUGGAUGUUGUCCGUCCGCAGCGUCCCGGCCGGGCGCGCGAUGCUGGAGUAUCGGACUUAAUCGGACCGAGCAGUGGCAUCACGGCCGAAUCCUCGACGAGCACAGCGUUUCGGCAGUUUGAUCCGUUCGAUCCUGCUGUCCUAGCCGCAGCCAGACCCAACGCUGUCCGGCGGCGGUCAGCGGAAGCGCUUCUCGGGGCGGCUGACGCUGAGACGGGCUGGCUUACAACAUCCCAAGAGGUAUACCGAGACGUUGGCGCGGUUGACCGGGUGGUUAACGGGAGGAAGCCUCCAGAGAAACUGCCCGGUAUCUUCCCCGGAGACGCCGAUAACGAGAACCGUCCAGCAGAAAGGUCACGCAUGCAGGAAGCGUACCCGGCGCAUUCCGUUGACGCCAUAGCGCAGGCGCGCCCCGACGCAUUCCGCCCGCAAUCCACGUUGACCUUUAAUAACACCCCGGACGCCGCCGCCCUGGGAGGGGCAAUCGGUCGCCAGGAUUACGGCCGCUUCACCGACGCUGAGAUGCGGGAAGCUCGAGCAGUGCCCUUCUUGCCGGUCGCCGACCACGCUAACCUUAUCUUCCCGCCCACCGUGGGAGGGUCGAUGCAAUCUACUUCGCAGCAGGAUUACGUUGAAUUCCCAGCGGAAGCGGCCGGUCGAAGUCGCGCACAAAAGGUCAUUCACGCGGAUAACUUGCGCAGCGAGGCAGCAAAAGAGGGCAGCGCUGAUCAAAGUGUCUCGCAAACGACGUAUACUGGGGUACAGCAAGAUGACCGGGCCAGGGCGUUUCUUCCACAGGAUGAGUUGCAGCGGAUUGGAAGAGCGUCGCAAGGCGAAGCUGACCGGAUGCUAACGACCUCCCAGCAGGAUUAUACGGCCGGGGAUCUCCCGGCGCGAUCUCGUCCGGUGAUCUCCAAGGGAGAACUGAAUAACCUUUUCGACGGCACGGAAAACAAUGAGCGCCUGCAGUCCCUGGCGCAGGACACCUACGUGACCUUUCCCGGAGCGCAGCCCGCUAGGGCCAUCCGUCCGGUUGACCGCCUGCUGACGGCGAUGGGCGCUACUGCCCUGUCGACGGUCAGUCAGGAGGCAUACAACGCCUCCGCGUUGGCCAAUGCCCGGCGCACUCCUAUUCGCCCGCAUUCCGCCCGGGACAUCUUCAACAAAUCUACCCGCGCCGCUCCGACGCGCACCACGAAUCAGGACGCCUACACGUACCGGCAAGACGACAUGCCCAGCGUGCCGGGUAAUCGUCUGACCCGCUACGACGCCGCCGACAACCUCCUGAACCGCUCGGACCUCCCUCCGGCCACCUCGGAGAGUCAGGACGCCUUCGCCGGCUAUGGAGAUACUGGCGAACGUCGGACAUUGGUCAGACCACAGGAUAAUCAUCAGUCCUUCCAGUACAGUGACGCAGCGGUGACCUUUCCGCAAUCAUCCUCCCAGGAAGCGUACAGCGUGGUCAAUGGGCGACCGUUGCGGCGUCCACCACCAGCCCGACGGCCACUUCCCAACCAGAACGUUAUCUUCCCCGACAACGUCCCCGGGGCGGCUGUGCUCUCGGAGACACAGUCGGCCUAUCAGAACACCAACGGAGUCGUCCGACCUGCCGCCAUCCGUCAACAGUCAACGUCUAACCUCCUCAACGGCUCCGAUACGGACAACGCACAGCAACGGUCGGUGUCGCAAGAUGCCUAUGGUCCGCCUGCGGCCUCCAACUACGCCAGAUCCCAGGCGUCCGAUCGCCAGCGCCGCCGUCGUCGCGAGUGGCGGGAGCUGAUUUCCGAGCCGAACUCGGUGCGCAGUGCCGGCAGUGGACGGUACACGCGACAGUCGGCGCGGACCUCGGACGCCAACCCGCUGCAACUGCCUCCCAUCGAGAACGGAGGCCCCGCUCGCACCAUGUUGACCAGUAGUCAGUCGGCGUACGGGCAUCCAGGAGCAGUUGUACGCUCGUCGGCUGGCAGCCGGGCGCAGAUGAUGCGGCAGUCCAGCUCGGGUGUCAUCCAGACGACAGGGGGCGCUGCGAUCGGACCGGCGGUCAGCGUCACGCAGUCGGCAUUCACGGGGCAGACGGCCGACCGAGUGCAGCCGAUCCGGCACGUGGAGACCAGUGUCGGCGCGCUGCUGGCCGCCGGCGGAAGCGGUGGCCGGGGGACCACCACCAGCAACGAGGCCUUCCGUGACUUCAGCGCGGACCUGGCCGGUGUCAGGCGCUACCGGCAGCGCGCCAAUUCCCAGCCGCCGGCCCUGGUGGACUCGGUGCAGUUGGGCAGUGGGAAGGAGGCGCCAACCACCUCCGUCACCCAGCAGGCCUUCAAGAGCUACGACGUGUCCGCCAUGGAUCGCGCCGUGCCGGCACCGCGACCGGACCGGUUGGCCCGGCUGAACCCCAUCACGGGCGAGGUGCAGCUCUUCAAGCCGCAGCUGCAGGCCGACCGGACGGGCCAGACCGGCGUCCGCCUCGUGCCGGUGGAAGGCAAGGUGUGUCCGGCGGCGCUGCUGCUGUCGGGAUCGACGGAGACCAAUACCUGGAAGUUCCUCGGCCAGGAGUUCGGCCACCACUUCUACCGGGUGGACACUUAAUUGAUUUGCCUACAUGUACAUCGUGAACUGAAUGCUAUCAGCUGAGACACUGCACGAACUGCAUCAAUUAACAGCAUCUAGUGCAGCUGUGCAUUAAGUGGUGCGCAUACCGGUAAUUAUUACUGUAGAUUUAAUUGCCGAUUCUCCGCUGACUGCCGUGUGGAUAAAAUACACAUUACCAGCCUACAGUGUCCCUUUUACCCGAAAGCGGGCAGUUUUUUAAACACAAAAUCUAAAACUGUUUAUAAUUUGAUUCGCGAAGCAGCCCGACUUCGCACGUUUUUUUGUUCUGCCUGGAGUCGCGCUUUAAUGAUAAUGACGUCCCGUAGGCUCGUAUAAGCAGUGCAACGCUGAAAUUCCCU